ACCUACCUGACUACGCAAUAUCGACAUCUUUUAUGUGUUUUACUUUGUCGUGGUUGAAAAAAAAAAAGUUUUACGUGCCGAAUGUCAUGGCAUAUAGGAGAAGACAACUCUCACUUCCAGAUCACGGUGAUAGACAUGUGUCGAACAACAUGGACCAGCUUGCUUUCAAAUACAUGGACAUGUGUAAAGUGGAGUCCAGCACCGAUUCUGACUCCGAGAUCAGCCCAAGAUGGUCAGACACCAGCACUAUGGGAUGUGUGAGCAGUGCACCAGAGAGUGGGACUUUUCGGAGGACAUUGCCGCUAACACACAAGCCUGCAGGAAGGCAUGGCGGUUAUUCUUUGUUUUUGGACCCAUACGACGGGAGCUCUGAGGAUUCUGAUGAGUCAAACGUCGACGUGGGUGUCUCCAGCAGGCGGACAAAGCAGCAGGGAAAAGGUGGAGGAGGAGGCUGUCGGUUCUCAGGCAGGAGCAGGAGAUUUAUCCUUCAUCACCCUGCCUCCGUUGCCCUCAGAGAAGUGGUGAAAAAUGGCAUGAGAGAUGCUGUGACGGACCAGAAACAUCUUUUGGACGUCCAGAUGAAAUGUGGGAGUGACUCUGAGCUUUGGGUCUGUGAGCUUGACAUUCUGCCCUCCCACAAUGACAGGGAUGACUGUAGAGAUCUUAAUAAGGAAUUGGCCAAUGAAUCAACAAUGCACACCCAAACCAUGGAUAUAGAAUACCAUUGCCAAUUUGAUAAUUCAGGCUUACAUGCUAGAAAACCGUCCACAUCUGAAACACCUGGACUUGUCAUCCCAGUGGAAGGCAGGUCGUCCCGGAUGCUGGAUUGCUGCUCUGAGAGACCCUCUAGUGGGUGUAACCUCAGAUCUGUUUACAAGAGAAAGCUAGGUUCCCCUGGAGCAGAAGUGGAGGAGCAGGGGCAGAGAAAGAGGCAGUGUGUUGUCAACAUGGAGGACGAACAAGAGGGAGGGGACUCUGCGUCUCAACCACGUUAGAGCCAUCCAACCAUGGACUGAGAGUACUGAAGUCAUAUUCAAUGCCUUAAGUGGUAGAUUAAAUAUUAUAAUUAGUUAUCUGGCAAUGCACUUUGUUUAGUCGUGUAAAGAUAAAUUGGUGUAGAGACCUGAUGAUUUAUUGUUCUACCUCAAGUUAUGUUGCGUUUCUCACAGGUGUCACAUAUUGUGCUGAUUGUCUCUAGGCAAUCAUUUUUGUUGGUAAAAUUACCAUAGCAGCCUGGGUCUCCAUAAUAGACCUAAGUACAGCCUAUGUGCUGGCAAUGAAGAAAACUAUACAUUACAUUACAGACCAAUAAAGAAAAAGCAUCUUUCAAAAAGUAAAUUAAAAUAUGACACUAGUUGUGUUUUUUUUUUUUCCUCCACUAAAUAAGUAGAUAUUGGUGCACAGGAUAGUAAAUUUUGAGCGCCUUCUGAUUUUAAUGGUAAAGAUGACAUUCAGCAGCCACUAAAUUUUAUCCACGGGUGACACACCAAAAGCUAAUUUUGUUAAAAUGGUAUGUUAAAAUGUUGCUUUGUACCAAUUGAUCUAAAUUAAAUUUCUUCACCAGUUUCGA